AUGCCAUCAUAUGUGAAGUUCUUAAAGGAAAUCCUCUCAAAUAAGAGAAAGCUGAAGGAUUAUGAGACAGUUGCUCUGACAGAGGAAUGCAAUGCCAUUUUGCAAAAUAAGCUACCCCCAAAACUUAAGGACCUUAGAAGCUUCUCCAUACCUUGUCUUAUUGGCAACAUGAACAUAAACAAGGCCCUUUGUGAUCUUAGUGCAAGUAUGAAUUUGAUGCCUUUAUUAAUAUGCCAAAAGCUGAAUGUUAGAGACCUUAAACUAACUACGAUCUUAUUACAACUGGUGAACAAGGCUGUCAAGUACCCUAUUGGCAUUUUGGAGAACAUCUCCAUCAAAGUGGGCAAAUUCUUUAUUCCUGUUGAUUUCAUUGUCCUGGAGAUGGAAGAUGUUCAAAUUCCCAUCAAAUUGGGAAAGCUUUUCUUGAAAACCAUCAGAGCUAUCAUAAAUGUUAAAAAUGGGCAGUUAACUCUCAAAGUAAGAGAAGAGAAAGUAGAAUUCAACUUGUUCAGAGCAAUGAAACAUAAGCCAAACACUGAUGAAUCUUGA